CUGCGCUGGUUAAUCAAUAUAUUCAAGUUAUUGUCAGAAGAGCAGAAGGACUUCUUGUUAGCUGUUGUACCAGAGACAAUUCUGUGCACCAAAGAGAUAGGAGAGAAGGCUCGCUCUGCUUCAUACCUUCUGUUGGUGGAGAUGGGCCGUGCCAAGAUACGAUGGAAUAAAGAUGAAAACGGUGCCCUAGAGGAUUAUUUCCAGAUGGUGAUGGCAGGACUUGGGGGUUCCCCUCAGAUGGUCAGCUUCACCCUGCUGGCUCUCACCCGCAUUCUCUACGAGUUCAAAGCCUCCAUCAGUUCCUCGUUACUGGAGACAAUCGUGGAGAACUUGUGUAUUUUACUGACGUCCAAGACGAGAGAAGUGGUCAAAGCAGCUCUGGGCUUCAUGAAGGUCCUUCUCUCUGCCUACCCAGACACUGUGCUGGCACCACACUUAAAACAAAUUAUGUCUAGUCUUGUAUCACAGAAAGAGGAUUGCAAACAUCACUUCAGGUUUAAAGCCAAGGAAAUUUAUGCCAAACUUAUCAAGAAAUUUGGGUAUGAGGCAAUCUUUGGCCUCUCACCACCAAGUAUUCACAAGGUGUUGGUAAACAUAAAGAAGACCCAGGAGAGAGCGAAGAAGAAGAAGAAGAAGGAAAAAGAGGAGGAGUCGGAGGAAGAGAGUGAUCAGGAGCACUUCAAGUCCCAGCCAGAGAGCAUGGAUGAGCUUCUGAGGGACACUGACUCUGAGGAAGAAGGAGAGAAGAAGGGGGCAGGCAAACCAAGGGACAGAACUCAGGCUAAACUGGCCUGGCUACAAGAAGGAGGGGACAUCAUGGACUUCCUGGACCCCAGUGCAUCCAAGAAAGUUUUGAUAAUUACAAAGCCAGGAGAAAAGAGAGAACAAAAGACAAAGAAGAAGGAAGCGGAGUUUAAGACAGCUCCUGAUGGACACCUGAUCAUUACUGAGUCGAGUGACGAGGAAGAACCUGAGAAAAUGGCAGGUGAUGAUGAGGAGUUAGAUGACUUAUUGAAUGCCAUUGAGCAAGGUGCAGGGAAUGUUAAGAAAACCAAGAAGAGGAAGGUUGAGGAUUUGGGAUCUGACGAAGAAGGGCCGGCACCCAAAUAUAAAGCUGGAGGUGGAGGCAUACACAGACAGAUUGUGGAGGCCAAGCGGUCUGCUCCUCAUGACCCUGCCAUUGAGUACAGAGCCAAGAAAGCAGGAGGGGACAUCAAAAAGACGGGCAAGCCGGACCCCUAUGUCUACCUCCCACUCAAAUUCCAAGCUCUCAACAAGAGAAAAAAGGCAAAGAUGACUGGUCGAUUUACAAAUCUAGUGAAAGGAGCAAAAAAGGGGGCUAAGAAGGGAGCUAAGAAGAAGAAGAUGUGAUUCGUAUUUAAACCUCCACACGCUGUGUUAUUACUGGGUUGUUUUCUGUUGGUUCCGUGUUCAUUGACUAUCUAAGCAAGGUGCUGCGUUGUUCAGUAUAUGUAUUCUUGCAUUCUUGAUUCAAGACGUGUGGACUCCACAUUCUGAACAAUUAAGUUGUAAACUUUAAAAAAACGUUGAUGUUGGUAAUUGUUCCAUUUAAAAAAUCGCCAUUUGACGUGGAAAGAAAAAGAAGAUUGAAUUGUAUUAAAGUUAUGAUAUUUAAAUGAUACAUGUAUAAGGAAAAUAACAUUAACAUGCACUAAUGGUCAUAUGGAGUGAGUUAGCCCUACAGAAUUUUUCUUAUGGACUGUUGAAAAUAAAACAUUU